UCGUACCACUUGCACGCGACGCCGUGAAUCAUCGAGAUCGGGACAUAAGAACCCAUGAGUAGCCUAUUUUUGUCCAAUUUAUCAGCGGCCCUUCUAUAAUGCAGCUAUUGAGCACAAUUCAACCACCCAAGCAAGCACCAAUACCGCACUAAAUUAUCUUGCCAAUUUUUAUUCACUUGAUCGUUGGCUCCGCGCCCUUGCCAAAGACUGGGACGUCAACGUGUCGCAACUGCUACGGUCAGGGGGAUCUUCUAGGCAAUAUGCCGAGAUGGGCAUUGUCAACAGGCUACUGUACCCUGGCGUGAAGUGGAGGCUAGUGGAUCCGGAGGCGCAGCGGCCCUCUUCAACAGGGGGAGAGAAGUUCCUUUAAGGCCAGCGAUAGAUUAAGGAAUGACAACAGUGCCAUUGCACAAACAUGCUGGAGAGGCAAUUUUUUGAUGGAUCAUCGCUCGGACCAAACAAACAAGUCCAAACCAACAGUGGUUUUUUUCCCUCGUGCCUUCGUUCAUCGCCUUGUAAACCGGUCAACUAGCAAGCAGGGACCUUCUUACCCCACACCUAAGUUUGUUAAGAUCCUGCUAGUGAGGACUGCCAACAUGCUCGAAUCAAUAGCUGUUGCAUACCAUGAAGUCUCACUGCAAGAUUUUAUUUCCGCUACUUCGGACGCUCCCUAUGACCCGGAAAUGAUCAAAAUCAUCGCGGAGGACAUUAGAUCUUCCGAAACUUUCACCGAAGAACACCAGAGUUUGGUGUCAGCUCUUGCGCAUGAGACCCUUGCUGCGCUGAAAAGCAGCCUCAGCAAUAUCCUGCGCAUUGUCCGUGAAAGAUGUCAGGAAUUCGUCUCCAACCAACAAACCCCCCGCGAGCUCCCACCCAUCAUCAGGAAACGUCGAAGCGCAAACAACUUGCCGAUUGUUCUUCAGGUGCAACAUCACACAACAAUCUUCCCCAACUAUCUUGUUCAUUCCGAACCCACCAUCGCGUACCAAGAAGGCACCGAGACCGACUACCAUCACGGGUACUCCGAAGAAUUUCAGUCCAUGACGAGACCCGACAAAAUUGUGCUCAGAUUCCCCCUUCCACGAUGGGCACAUCGUCUUCAUGCAAAAGCAGAAGAUGCGAUGGCAGCUCAGGGAAACAGGAGGCACGUUCUAGGCAUCCUCGCAAACCAUUCCAACAUCACCUUCUGGUAUUUUGAUCGUGCUGGUGGCUUCUAUUCGGCACCUAUUGAUUUCACCAACCGCCCACUCGAAUUCCUCCCUGCACUUGUCCAACUCAAUUUGAGUUCUGCAUUUGCUCUUGGCCUUGAGCCAAUAAUUGAAUCUCCUGACCCCUGGGAGGCGCUCAUUGCCAUGAAGAGGACAACCAUCCGAGUUCAGGGUAUUCCUUUUUUGAUACAGAAAACCCUGCAUGUCUCGCACGACCUUGAGGGUCGCGGAUUGAUUCUGUUAUCGGCAAGGCAAGAGGCCAACCACGAGCCUACGACCAUCCCAGAAGAUGUAAUUCUCAAGAUGUCGUGGGAGGAUCCAUCAUCAAGAGCAUCCGACUUCCUCUACCGCCACGCUGAGCAGUACGGUGUGCAGGGGUAGCCCAAUUGUAUUGCUCCUCAAACAUGGGACGCUUUUCAGAAGGUCCCAGAACCCAACUCAAACUUACAUCCGGAACCCACUAUCAAGAUCGGGAGCUGCGAGUGCAGGUCCUGGGACCAUCAUGUGUUCCGCUUCACCGCGUUUUUCCUGACAAAGACUUUGAAAAAGCCUUUCGAUCUUUAAUGGAAGCCCAUCAUGCGCUCUACAAGAACGCCGGGAUCCUGCAUUGCAAUCUGAAUCCGAGCAGUCUUAUGGCUUCAAAGGAUUCCCCACCCCGUGGGAUCCUGAUAGAUCUUGACUUCGCGACUCAAGUUCGGGAUGGAGAUAGAAUAUUGUCACCUGAGCCUACCUUCACUGGCACCCUCCCUUUCCUUUCCAUUGACCUAUUGACCGC